AACGAUGACUCUGUGGCUGAGAUUAGCCGCUCCUUCCGCUCACGACAGGAGCUUUGUGAACAACUCAAUGUCAACCACAUGAUCCAGAGGAUAUUUCUAAUCACUCUGGAUAACAGUGAUCCCAGUUUAAGAGGAGGUAAUGGGAUCCCUCCCCGCUGUGUUUACCUGGAGGAAAUGGCUGCGGAUCUGGAUGGACAGGACUGGUUGGACAUGGACAACAUCGAGCAGGUUUUGUUUAACCGCCUGCUGCUGUUGGAGCCAGGAAACCACCUCAUUUAUAUGACAUCAUGCAGCGCAGUGAACCUGUCUGCUGACCGCGAUGCUGGAGAAAAAUGUGCCAUCCCUUAUCUUUUUGCUUGUUACCAGAGGGCGAAGGAGGAGGUGACAAAGGUGCCUGAGAAGUUACUUUCCUUUGCUGUUCGCUGCAAGAACCUGUCAGUGUCUAACACUCGAACAGUCCUGCUCACCCCCGAGAUCUACAUCAACCAAAGUGUUUAUGAGCAGCUUCUGGACCUGCUGCUGGACAGUUUCCAAGGAGCACAUCCAGAGGAAGUGGUUGAAUUUGUAGAGGAAGUCAUUGCUGGCCUGCUCUCUGACCAAGAGGUGCGCACGUUUGAAGAGGUGAUGGUUCCAGUUUUAGAUAUCCUUCAGGGGCGCAUCAAAGACUUGGAGCUGUGUCAGCCUCGUCUCUACUUUUACCUCGAUGUUUUCCUCUAUUUCAGCCACCAUAAAGAUAUAGCCAAGGUGUUGGUAGAACACACACAGCCCAGAGACCCAGCUAAUGGUUUGCAGUAUCAAAAUAGUCUGCUGGGGACUAUUUUCAAUAUAUCCUGCCUGCUGAAAACCCCAGGUGUUGUAGAGGGCCAUGGCUACUUCCUGAACCCCUCUCGUUCAAGUGCCCAGGAGACAAAGGUCCAGGAGGCCAACAUUCAUCAAUUCAUGGAGCAGUUUCAAGACAAGCUGCACCAGAUCUUAAAAAACCUUCUACAGCGAUCUGGUGAGACUCGCCACUUGCUGCUCACGUGGUUGGGCAACUGUCUGCAGGCUAACGCUGGUCGAGCCAAGAUCUGGGCCAAUCAGAUGCCAGAGAUCUUCUUCCAGAUGUACGCCUCAGAUGCAUUUUUUUUAAACCUGGGUGCAGCUUUGUUGAAGCUGUGCCAGCCGUUCUGCAAGCCUCGCUCACCAAAACUCCUCACCUUCAAUCCCACCUACUGUGCUCUCAAAGACAUGAGUGAAGAAGAGAGGCGCAAUCGCAACAUCCACACAAGAGGUCAAGUCAAGUGA